UCCAUAGCGACCGCGUGGGGCCGGCACCUUCCACUGUUGGGCUGCAGCACGCGGCGCCCGGGGCGUGCGGGCGUGCGGGUGGGCUGGCGGCCGCCGAGGGUGACUCCAGACCUGGGCGGAUGAGCGGUGGUCCCCGGUGACGGAUGGAGGGAAGCAGCUCCUGCAAGGUUCCCUGCGGCGCUGGUCAGGCUAGGAGCAAGCCUGCAUCCCCCUCCAGAGACGCUCACGAGGGUGUCAAGGCGGUCAUCCUCUCUUCUUCAGCAAUUUUAGACUUGAGUCAAAGUGGUCUUCACCAUUUAGGAGAGAUCUUUAAAGAUCUCAACCUCAGAGUGAGUGGGGCGCCUCUGGGGCAUGCAAUUGCACCUUCAGCAAAACGCCCCCUGCACGAUUCCUAAAGACUUCUUUCAGUGACUGCCAAACCUCACCUGGCUGGACCUCUGCUCUAGUAGGAUCACAGCGCUUCCUUCUGGGAUCGGCUGUCACAAGCAUUUGAAAACUUUGCUUUUAGAAAGAAAUCCUAUCAAAAUGUUACCUGUGGAGCUGGUUAAAAAGAGGACCGUGAGUGAGCUGCCCCAUCCACUGUUGGAUUUAUCCAAAGAACGUGUGCCUGACAAAGAAGCCAUUCAUUCUCAGGAGGCAAAGGGAACCGUGUUAACAGAAAAGGCAGGCUUUUUCCCACCUGUGGAAAACCUAGACCCGCGUGAGCGCAGAAGGUCCACCGAGCCUCCGGAGGACUGGCCGAGCGAGGAGGAGAUCAGGCGCUUUUGGAAGCUGAGGCAGGAGAUCGUGGGGAGCGAGCCCGCGGAGGUUCCUGAGAGCCAGCGCCUGCCGGUGGAGCUGCCCCCGGCCCUCAAGGCGGUGCUGCGCGACAAGGAGACGCGGCGACCCCGCCCGAGGCCCGUCUUCAGGACGAGGACGCCCUCCUUCAAGAGCGUCCUGCCCGAGCUGGCCCCACGGCAGCAGGCCCUGGGCCGCACCGGCCUGCCGGAAGGGAGCCGGGGCCUGGCCCUCCGGGAGCUGCGGGAGAAGCAGGCCCAGCUGGAGCAGCGCAGGAGCCCCGCCAACUGCCUGUCUCCACCGUGCUCUGGGCCCGCGAGGCCGGCUGGCGUGGACGGCGCCCUCCACCUUCUGGUUGGGUUUGGCCAGGGCGGGCUCCGGCGGGAGGUCAGAGAGAAGCGGGGAGGGAGGGCAGGGGCCCUCUGCCCCGCCCGCCGCUCCCGUUCCUGGGUGCCAGCGGCCCCUCGGUCCCUCACCCCAGGGCCCCGGGGUGGCCGCAGCCCGUCCUCCUAGCAGGGCCCCUGCUCCGCCUUGUGAAUAAACCCUCCUGAAAUCA